AUGGACCAGAGGGUCAUUCGUGGGCUUCCGAGAGAGAUGUCAGUCAAUGACAUCAAAGAGGAUCUGGUGAGCCAAGGCAUCGCAGACGCCGUGGUUCAGCAGCUGACCUCAAGGACCACAAAGAAGCCACUUCCGCUCUUCCUCGUCAAGACGAAGAUGCCGGAAAAGCUUGCAGAGAUCCAGAGGCUGGCCAUGCUCACGGUCAGCUUCGAGAGGAAGAAAAAGUCUUCCGAGCCCAGCCAGUGCUACCGCUGCCAGCGGUACGGGCACACACAGCGGAACUGCCGUCUCGCUGAACGGUGCGUUAAGUGUGGAGAGGACCACAACAGCACCAGCUGCAGUCUGCCAGCGCCGCCAACAGGGCAACGAAACGCCAAGUGUUGCCUCUGUGGAGAAGGCCACCCCGCCAACUACAAGGGAUGUAGUAAGGCGCCGAAGAAAGCUGCUUCUGCCCCCCCAAAGCAGUCCCCACCACAAAUAGGACUUCUUACGCCCAAAAAGUGA